CAGUCAGGAAAACGAAAGUGAAGAGUUGGACAGCGCGGAGUGGAGCCGAGACGAGCGGAGUUCCUCAUCCCAGCCCGACGUCCGAGCGCUGCAUUCGCACUUUCGUUGAGACGACGCGCACUUCGAGCAGCUCUCACAAUGUGGUCAAAGCUCAAUCCUGUCAACAUGGCGAAAGCCACAUAUCAAUAUUGCAAAGGAGACACUGGCCAGGCCGACCAGGGGACAGGUAAUGAAGCCCCUGCACCGCUCCUGGAGCAGCCUUGGAGGCCGAUGGACUGGAGUCGAGAAAACAGGGAACAUCUAAAGGAGAACAUCCGAGCCUACAAGCCCCUGAGAGAGGACGUCCCAAAGCCCAGGAUUGUUCUCAUCGGUCAGAUCAGCGCCGGCAAGUCCACCUUCUUCAACUCCAUCAAUGCCGUGUUCAGAGGCUACCCGAUCCACCAGGCUGAGAGUGGCUUUGAAGCCAACAGCUUGAGCAAAAAGUACAAGUCUUAUCCCAUUUCUGAUGGACGAGGUGGCCCGGAGUUGCCUUUCAUCCUGUGUGACACCAUGGGCCUGGAGAGGAGCGAUGGAGAAGGAGGCAUUCGUGUUGAAGACAUUCUGAGUGUCAUAGAGGGGCAUGUUCAUCACCAGUACACAUUUAACCCUUGGGUUGCCAUAUCAAGAUCUAAUCCCCAUUACAGGACUAAUCCAACCCUUGCAGACAAAGUGCACUGUGUGGUCUACGUGAUUGACAUCUCAUCUCCCCUUGAAUUGAACCCCAGUUUUCUAAAAACGUUGAAUGACAUUCGCUCAAAAGUCAAUGAGCUGGAGAUUCCCCAGUUGGUGCUGGUCACAAAGGUGGAUUUGGCCUGCAAUGAAGUACGGCGAGAUGUGCACAACGUGUACCAGAGCAGAUACCUGAAGGAAAAGAUGGAGCGACUUGAGAAGGAGCUCGGUGUCCCAUUGGCGCGCAUCAUUGCGGUGAAGAACUACUCGAGCGAGCUGGAGCUGAGUGACGCCAUCGACAUCCUCCUCCUGGGCGCCCUGCAACAGAUGCUCAGAGCUGCCGACUCCUACUUUGAAAAUCUGAAUCUGAAUGAGCGGUUUAUGGUGACAUCUAAUGAUAUGAACUCCAGGUAUGAUUCAUAUCCCAGUCACUCAGAAGUGCUCCAGGUGCUCACUGACCUCUUUCUGGCAGCACUUCUAGGUGUGGUGGAAGAGCUGCUCUCCAAGGCUCAGCACCACCUAUCUCAGCUGCAGCACUCCCUGUCAGUGCCCACGGAUCCCAACAGGGCAGCACCAAACUCCCACUCCCAUGAAGCCUUGUGGAAGUCUGAGGACACUGUGUUUUCAUUUCUCAAUCACUUAUUUAAAGCUGCAUACAAUAUGCCUAUAGACGCAAGUGACAAAUCCACUGCACUACUCCUAAAGGAGCCUUGGAGGCCAAUGGACUGGAGUCGAGAAAAGAGGGGACAAAUAAUGAGGGACAUCCAAACCUAUGAGUCCCUGAGAGAAGAUGUCCCAAAACCCAGGAUCCUGCUCAUUGGACAGAUCUCUGCUGGCAAGUCCAGCUUCUUCAACUCCAUUAACUCUGUGUUCAGAGGCUACCUGAUCCACCAAGCUGAGAGUGGAAUGGAAACCAGCAGCUUGAGCAAAAAGAUGCAAAUACCAUCUGGUGUGCAACAGGCCCUGGUGGCCACCUGGAUUGCUGCGGCACACAGUCAGCCAUCCAAGUGGUCUCUUUCUGUUCUUCUUCUGUCCGCCCGCAUGAUUUUAAAUUCAUCCAGCGCAACCACAGCGUCCAGUGUUUCUGCUCUAAACCACAUCUUGUACAAGUCAUAUCCCAUAUUUUAUGGACGACGUGGUAUGGAGUUGCCUCUCAUCCUGUGUGACACCAUGGGCCUGGAAGAGGGCAUUCAAAAUAGCGGAAUUCUUGCUGAAGACAUUCUUAGUGUCAUAGAGGGGCACGUCACUCACGAUUAUACAUUUAAUCCUUUAAAUGCCAUAUCAAAAUUUGAUAUCCGCUUCCGGAAGAACCCAAAACUUGCUGAUAAAGUGCACUGUGUGGUCUACGUUAUUGAUGCCUCAUCACCCCUUGAAAUGAAACCCUGUGUGCUGAAAAAGUUAAAUGCCAUUCGCUUAAAGGUCAAUGAGCUGGAGAUUCCCCAGCUGGUGCUGCUCACAAAGGUGGAUUUGGCCUGCAUUGAGGUACAGAAAGAUGUGCACAACGUGUACAAGAGUAGCUACAUUAAAGAGAGGAUGGAGCGACUUGAGAAGGAGCUCGGUGUCCCAGUGGCGCGCAUCAUUGCAGUGAAGAACUACUCGAGCGAGCUGGAGCUGAGUGACGCCAUUGACGUCCUCCUCCUGGGCGCCCUGCAACAGAUGCUCAGAGCUGCCGACUCCUACUUUGAAAAUCUGAAUUUGAAUGAGCGGCUCACGGUGACACCUAAUGAUAUGAACUCCAUGCUGUUUCCAUGACUCACUUCAGCUAGG